UUUUCCACAGAGAAAAGAACAGCGUUAUUUUACCUCAGCCAUUUCCCGACAAAUCUGGUCUACUGACCUUUGAUUGGUCGGCACGAUCCCGCCUACUGUGAUGUGAUUGGCUAGAACGUCGUACUCGUGAUAAAUUGGCCAAUCCUGGCGCAGAAAGCCAUGGUGAAAGAUGCGAAUAAACCAAAAGGUCGGACUUCAGCCUACGCGUUCUUCGUUCUGUCGUGUCGUGAGGAACACAAGAAGAAGAGCCCAGGAACCACAGUGAACUUCGCCAAGUUCUCCAAGACCUGCUCUGAGCGAUGGAAGACUCUAGCUGCUACUGAGAAGAAGAAGUUUGAAGACCAGGCGAAGGCCGAUAAAGAUCGAUACGAUCAGGAGAUGAAGAAUUACAUUCCCCCCAAAGGCAUGGUAAGGAAGAAGAAGAAGAAGAAGGACCCCAAUGCUCCCAAACGUCCCCCGUCAGCGUUCUUCGUCUUUUGCUCAGAGCACAGGCCGACCGUGAAGGGCGAGUACCCCGGCCUGUCCAUUGGUGAUAUCGCCAAGAAGCUGGCUGCCAUGUGGGCCAAACAGAGUCCUAAAGACCGCACGCCCUACGAACAGAAGGCAGCUGCUCUGCGCCAAAAAUACGAGAAGGACAUUGCUGAAUAUCGUGCAAAGGGUGGUGCCGGGGGCGGAGCUCCCAAACGGGGGCCAGGCCGACCUGCAGGCUCCACAAAGAAAGCUAUGGUCAAGGCUGAUGAUGAAGACGACGAAGACGAGGAUGAAGACGACGAAGACGAGGAGGAUGAUGAGGAUGACGAGUAGAGUGUUUGUGUGUAUGCAACAGCUGCUACGUCUAUGCAGGCUCACUUCACUGGGGGUUGGGUGUUUUUGUGUGUGUGUGUGUGUGUGUGUGUGUGUGUGUGAUGGGGUGUGUUAGUGUUAGUGAGAGACCAGCCUAAGCAAUAAGUCACAGAGAUUGUGAUGUGUUUAUUUUUGUAUGGGUUUGUGUUUCAGCCGUGUGUAGAGUCCAGUUUUAUAAUAAACUCACACUCUUAUCUACA